CGGCUCAGCCGCCAGACCGGGAGGAAGACGCGAUUAUUUUUAAAGCCCGCCUUGCUGAGGUCUAGGAAGACAACCGUCUCUUGAGUCGGCGCGCGGAAGAGCUUCGCUCCUCGGUGCGAUGUCCACCAAGGUGCCGAUCUACCUGAAGAGGGGCAGCCGGAAGGGAAAGAAGGAGAAACUCCGCGACAUCCUCUCCUCCGACAUGAUCAGCCCGCCCUUGGGGGACUUCAGGCACACGAUUCACAUCGGCAGCGGCGGGGAGAGCGACAUGUUUGGGGACAUUUCCUUCCUUCAGGGCAAAUUUCAUCUCCUCCCCAGGACCGAAGGCAGCUUCGAUUCCGACAAGGACAGCCCCGACGCGGCGCCCUUCGAGUUCUCCAGGACGGCAACCAUCUCCGGCUGCGAGCAGCCGUCCUCGGAGACUUCAUCUCCCCUCCUUAAAAACGCCAUCUCCUUGCCCGUCAUCGGCGGGCCGCAGGCGUUGACGCUGCCCUCGGCGCAAGCCCCGCCGAAACCGCCGCGGUUACACCUGGAUGACAAAACCCCGCCGGCGCGAAACCGGGAAGGCGAGGAGGAGAACGGCGAGGGCAGGAACGCCGUCCCGCCGCCGCCGCCGCCGCAUCCCUGCGCCUCGCGUUUCGGCGCCCCGACGAACGGCUUCGCCGAGGAGGAGGGGAACGCCGAGCCGCCCUUCCUCUCCCACGCCGGCUCCCUCCUCUCCCUCCACGUGGAUUUGGGGCCGUCCAUUUUGGAGGACGUCCUGCAAGUGAUGGAGAAACACCAAGCAGAGCGAGUGGGUGGCUCUAUACAGGAUUCGGGCAGGCAGGAAAUCUUGACGUGAAGACAACUCAAGGUAAAGACGUUGAGAAAUGGAUGAUGAUGAUUAUUAUUAUUAUUUUUUGGGUGGUUUGUGGUUUUUUUUUUUGCCAAGCGGCUCUUAAAUUUCAGCUCCAACUCACAAGUUUGCCUCCACGCGCCUUCCCUCGGCGGGGCGCUGACGGCGAUGUUGUUGUUUCCUCUCGCAGAGCCCGUCGUGCGAACGGGACGUGAGGGUUUAUCCUCGGCGCCGCUCCCCGCAGAACUCCGGCUAUUCCCUCAGCGUGGGGAGGAGAAAAAAAAAAACAAAAAA